AUGUCUUUACAAGAUACUCAAACUUCAAACUGUGAAAUAUUGAGCUCACCACCAGAUGCAAAUGCAGUUUUGGUACAAAUCAACAAGGGACUUGAUGAAGAAACUAUUCAAAAGCUGCCUGUUUUCUUAUUUGGUGAGACAAUAUGUAAGUUAGAUAGUGUUCAAAGAAGUGAUGAGUGCCCAAUUUGUUUGGGAUUAUUUGGAGCUGAUGAAAUGGUUAAGUUAUUGCCUUACUGUGAACAUGUAUAUCAUGCUCAAUGUAUUGAUAAAUGGCUAAUUGGUCACUCAAAUUGUCCUUUAUGCCGAGCUUCUCUUCAUCUCAACUCAUCUAUUACAAGUUCAGAAGUCGUUGCAUGA